ACUUGUUUUUUUUUUGUUUGUUUGUAAUUUAAGUUUUAUACAUUUUAAUUUAUUUCAGCAUGUCGCGGAUUACUUUAUUAAGAAUCACAAGUAUGCCGUGUUACUUGUAAGACUUAGUAUUGAAUUAUGACCUAAUAGUAAUGUUAUUAGUUGUACUUGUAGCAACAGUAGUAAUACUAACAGGAUUAUUAGUAAAAACUAAAAAUUAGUACUACUACUAGAGUACUGCUGCUAAGUAAAUAAUUUUUUUUCUGCAAUUGUUAUCUGAUCCUUCUGGUGAGUUCUCUGUUGUCUUGCUAUCUUUUGGCAAAACUUUUUAUUGAAUAACUGCUUUUAAUGUAUGCUCUGACUUACUACUUCUGAACUUGGCCUGUUUAGUACAGUACAUUGUCAACAUUGCCAUUCUUAAGUACAUACAGUAUUUCAACUAUUUGUAUUUUACAUGUUAAAGGCCCAUCUACAUAUAAAGUGUAUUUCCUGACUUUGUUUUUGUGGAUCAGUGGAAUUAUAUACGUAUAUAUACAAGUGUGUGUGUGUGUAUGUGUUUCCUGUUCAAUUAUUUUUUUAAUUGGGUAACUUUAUCAGUGCUUAUGUUAGGCUUUUUUUUACCAUCUUUUAAAUCAGAAGUGUGGACUUCAGGUGCUUCUAACAAAACCAAUAUAAAGCUCAACUUGGGUCCAUCAAGAUGAGUAAGGCUGCAAGACGAAAAACAACCUCUCAAAUGAUGGUUAGUAGAGAAAAAGAGAAGCAAGUUUUUAAAAUUAUUGUCAUCGGAGACUCGAGUGUUGGAAAAACGUGCUUAACGUACCGAUUCUGUGGCGGCAUGUUUCCUGCCAAAACGGAAGCAACCAUUGGGGUUGACUUCAGAGAAAGAACUGUUGAAAUUGAAGGAGAGGAAAUUAAGUUGCAGUUAUGGGAUACUGCAGGCCAGGAGAGGUUCAGAAAAAGCAUGGUUCAGCAUUAUUAUCGGAAUGUUCAUGCUGUUGUGUUUGUAUAUGAUGUUACUAAAAUUGCAUCGUUUGAGAGCUUGCCGCACUGGAUAAAGGAAUGCGAGGAGAAUCGAUUAACUGAUAGUAUACCCCGUAUUCUUGUUGGAAAUAAAUGUGACUGCAAAGAACAGGUAGCAGUCAACCUAAAUAUGGCCCAGAAAUUUGCUGAUUUCCACAGCAUGCCAGUCUUUGAAACCUCUGCAAAAGAUGACAGUGAGGCAGAUCAUGUAGAAGCAAUUUUUAUGACCUUGGCUCAUAAGUUAAAAAAUUCAAAGCUACUGAUGCCACCAUCACCACAUAAACAAGCCACAGGUGAUAACGGUACUUCAAAUUCUAUCAUUUCUGUUAGGAAGUCUCACAGUGCACAUAAAUCUUCAGGAGGAACUCAUUCUCCAUAUGAAGAGGAGGUAUGGUGUGCCUGCUAAGAGGUUUAAAAUUCUCGAAGUCUAGUGAAACAUUUAUUUUAGUUUCUUUGCAAGUUAGUUUUAGAUUAGGCUUAACAAGAAUGAGGAUUGGUCUCACUACAACUAAGUUACACCAAAAGAAUUUUGAUAAAUAAAUAGUACUUUUUCUGGAGAUUUAUAAGGCAGUAUAACAAAGUAGUUUAAUUAAAUUUUGAAUGUGAUUCAGUAAAAAAAAAAAAGAUCCUGAAAUGCUCAACUUUUACCUACUGUAUCGAGAGGGUUAAAUGCUGCUGCGUUUCUGUGGUGUUUUGUCAGUAUGUGGACACUUAUAAAAGGUUUCAAAAGUUCGGUAGCAAAAAUUAUAAUGAACAUCCUGUAGCUUACUAUUUAAUUCACCCAAAAACAUGUGCAAUGAAUGCUUUUACUAAAAGUAGAUAAUAUAUUUAGAGACCAUAUCUUGUACUUGAAACACAAGCGUUAUGGAAAAUUAUAGAUCUGUUGUUCUUAUUAUUUUUUUAAAAUUAUAUUUUGUAAGAAAAUCCAUUUAAAAGUUCUUGUAUUUUUUGAUUUGCUAAUUACCAGGAGAUGUUCACUGACAUCAAAUGAAGCUCUGUAUCACUAAAGAAAAGAUUAACAAAAUGCUAUUUUAUAUUGACUGGUGUAACUUUAGUAGUGUAUCUGUUGUACAGGAAAGCAGAUUGUAUUCUUUGAGAGAAUAGAAAAAGAGAGUAAAAUAUAUAUAUAUAUAUAUAAUUGUCUAAUACAGGUGUAAGAUAUACUUCUAUUUUUCACCUCCAUAUAAGUAGCUAAUAAUGCUUGGAGACGGCUUGAAUGGGUAAUGAAGAAAAACUUUAAUAUAAGUUUAACAUAACA